AUGCAUCAUCAAGCCUGUCGAGAGAUGGAGAGAACUGACACUCACCUCGGGGUGAGAAAGUGUGUGUGUGUAUACUGAUGGAGUCUGCUUGCUGUAAAGCCCUAUCUAAACCAUUUACAAUUGUCUGUCCCCACUUUCCAGGGGCACGUACAGACCUCAGUCAGUUCCACUAUGCCUUGGGGGACUUGAAUGACAUCCAGAACUCCCUGGCAGACAUCAGCAAGGACUGGAGGCAAAGCAUCGACAUCACUGAAUCCUGA